CCUUGGCGGAGGUCAAAGCCGCGACAGUCCCGUCACCAUGUGGAAGGUGGCCUGGGCCGCACUUCGAACCUCCAGGCUCCCUCUCCAGCCCCGGAGGUCGAUGCCCACUUCGUCCCUUUCUUCCCCCAAGGCCGCGACCCUGACUGUGAAACCCAAGACCGGGCUGGCCGACGAGCCCCUGGAUAUUAAAGUGGAAGGCUUGGGCCCCGGCGAGCGGGUGACCCUGCGGGCGACGGCCAUCAGCUACCGAGGUCGCCGCUUCCACUCACUCGCCCACUACCAGGCGGACUGCCGCGGGAGGCUGGACCUGGCCAGAGCCCCAGCUCUGGGCGGCGACUUCACCGGCGUGGAGCCCAUGGGGCUCCUGUGGAGCCUCACGCCGGCUGGCUCCCAGGAUCCCCGCCUCAGCCAGAUGCCGAGGGGCGUGAUGAGAAACCCCCUCAAAGUGGAGGUGACCGUGCACCGCGCGCCGCGGCAGCCGGCGGAGCCGCUGGGCCCGGCAUUGGCCUCCGCCCAGGUGCAGCGUUGGUUCUCCACCCCCGAGCUGCAGCGCGCCCGGCUGCGAGCCCGCGGCCUGCGGGGCGUCUUCCUGGUGCCCUCAGGAGAUGGUCCUUUUCCUGGAUUGAUUGAUAUGUUUGGUGAUGGAGGAUUAAAUGAAUCUCGGACGAGUCUCCUAGCUUGUCGAGGUUUUGCUACUCUGGCUUUGCCAUUGUUUGGCUAUGAAGAUCUACCUCCGAUCAUGAAGGACUUAAAUUUAGAUUACUUUGAAGAGGCAGCUAAAUUUGUGCAAAGUCACCCCAAGGUAAAAGGUCCAAACAUUGGAGUGAUUGGCUCAGGCAAAGGGGCAGAGCUGGCAUUUUCCAUGGCUAGCUUUCUUCCAAGUAUAGCUGCGGUGGUGAGCAUCAAUGGUUGCGUCUCUAACACAGCCACUACCCUUACGUGCGGUAGAGUAAUCCUGCCAGGACUACCUUUGAACCUAGACAAAAUCUCUGCCACUGAUUCAGGAGUAUAUGAUGUUAAAGAAGCACUGGAAGACCCCUUGGAUCCAGCCUAUCAGGAAAGUCGUAUUCCUCUGGAAAAAGCCAGUGCCCAUUUCCUUUUUAUUGUUGGAGAGGAUGACAGGCAUUGGAAGAGCUCUGUUUAUGCCGACAUAGCUAUGAAGCACCUCACAGAGCACGGGAAGACAAAUUUCACUCUUUUGAGCUACCCUGAUGCUGGGCACAGAAUAGACCCUCCUUAUAGCCCUUUCUUCGCAGUAGCCCUGGAUCCUGUAUUGGGGGUGUCUGUUUUGGGAGGUGGGCAGCUCAAAGCUCAUGCCAUUGCUCAGAUUGAGUCUUGGAAGAAGAUCUUGGAAUUUUUGCACUUGCACCUAGGGUAAAAGCUGACUGGAAGAUGUUUCAGAGCAAAUCAAGGGAAAGACGGAAUAUUUCUGACAAUUGAUGACUGACAUCUGAACUUCUCAUGGGCAUUUGCAAGCUUUUUAAAAUACAAAUAUUUGGGCCAGUAGGUGGCGCAGAAGCUAAGACA